GGCAGACAUUUAUGUGUUGCAUAGACCGCGUUCCUGCUUCAAAUUCUCAUUUGAACAAAAAAUAUUAUCUGUUGAUCGAUUCCGCAACAUUCCGAGGACAAGCGGAAUGGAUCAAUGUUGCGCAUGCUGGCGCAUGUGAGAUGACGGCACGUGAGAUGCUGCGUUGUGUCAUAUCUGUGUCCUAUCCACUCAUCUUUUCUUCUUUAUCGUCAUUCUUCUCUCCAGUUUGUUAAGCAACGAGCAGUUAAACACUCGUGAAUACAAGAUGAAAGAUCACGACGGAACGUCUCAACAAAAAAAACCGACGAAAUUAAAAAAUCUUGCGGACAAGACAGAGGCAUUCGACUCCUUACACGUAAAAAGUACCGAGAAUACUCUUUGCACGAGGCAACAAUGUCUCGGUAGCAUAAUGCAGCUACCGCUUCAUGGAACCGAACCUCGUACAAAAGAAGAAGUCUUAAUUCACGCAAAAGAUUUUCUGGAGCAAUAUUUCACUUCCAUCAGAAGAUUAAAUAGCGAUGCUCAUCGUGUACGUUGGGAAAGUGUGCAAAAGGAAGUGUUUUCCACUGGUACAUAUCAAUUAACAGAAACGGAAUUGGUGUUUGGUGCAAAGGUAGCUUGGCGAAAUGCCGUGAGAUGCAUCGGCCGUAUACAAUGGUCAAAAUUACAGGUCUUCGAUUGCCGCUAUGUUACGACUACAAGUGGUAUGUUCGAGGCAUUGUGCAAUCAUAUCAAGUACGCUACAAAUAAAGGAAACAUUAGAUCUGCAAUAACAGUAUUUCCGCAACGUACUGAUGGAAAACACGAUUACAGGGUAUGGAAUCAGCAGUUAAUUAAUUAUGCGGGAUACAAAAAUCCAGAUGGCACUAUUACUGGAGAUCCUGGUACCGUAGAAUUUACGGAGCUUUGCAUGAAAUUAGGAUGGAAAGGAAAACGGACUAAAUUUGACUUGUUACCGCUUAUUUUAUCCGCCAAUGGACACGAUCCGGAUUAUUUCGAUAUUCCCAGUGAUCUAGUACUCGAAGUACCCUUAACUCAUCCUACGUAUGACUGGUUUGAGAAAUUGGAUCUCAAAUGGUUCGCUGUCCCGGCUGUAUCUGGAAUGGUUUUCGAUUGUGGGGGUUUAGUGUUUACCGCGGCGCCUUUCAACGGGUGGUACAUGAGCACUGAGAUUGGCUGCAGAAAUUUGUGCGAUGCUCACAGAUAUAACUUGCUCGAGACAAUAGCGACGAAUAUGGGCUUAGACACUAGAACAGCCACAUCAUUAUGGAAAGAUAAAGCAAUGGUAGAAGCUAACAUCGCAGUACUGCAUAGUUUUCAGAUAAAGAAUGUGACGAUCGUAGAUCAUCAUACGGCUUCGGAAUCUUUCAUGAAACAUCUCGAUAACGAGAUGCGUCUACGGAACGGAUGUCCUUCAGAUUGGCUAUGGAUUGUGCCACCGAUAUCUGGAUCCGCGACGCCAGUAUUUCAUCAAGAAAUGUCGCUCUACCACUUGAAACCUUCCUACGAUAAUCAGGAUCCAGCGUGGAAAAUCCAUGUAUGGAAAAAGGGACGCGACAAAAAAACGACGACGAAGAAACCAAGGCGAAAGUUUCAUUUUAAGCAAAUCGCAAGAGCCGUAAAAUUUACGUCCAAAUUAUUUGGACGGGCGUUAUCACGUCGAAUAAAAGCGACCGUAUUGUUCGGUACGGAAACCGGUACUUCCCAGAUGUAUGCCGAAAAAUUGAACGAAUUGCUAGGCCACGCUUUUCAUUCUCAAGUACUUUCGAUGGCAGAUUAUGAUAUCAGUAAUAUAGAACAUGAGGCUCUAUUGCUAGUGGUAACUUCCACUUUCGGAAAUGGCGACCCACCGGAAAACGGGGAGGUCUUCGCGCAGAAUUUGUAUGCGAUGAAGAUGAAUGAUGCUUACAUCAUUAACAGCGAUAAAGUGAAUCUAGCGACCUCGAAAUCAUUUAUCAAAGCCAAUAGCCAGACGGAAGUAAGUGGAUCGAAGAAAUUAGACAGAUUGGAUUCUCUGCGCGGUUCUACGACGGACUCGCAGACUGAGGAUACUUUUGGACCUCUCAGCAAUGUCCGGUUCGCCGUGUUCGCGCUGGGCUCAUCCGCGUAUCCAAAUUUUUGCGCAUUCGGUCGUUAUGUCGACAAUCUGUUGGGCGAAUUGGGUGGAGAACGAUUGGCCCGCUUGGCUCAGGGUGAUGAGAUGUGCGGGCAGGAACAAACCUUUCGGAAGUGGGCGACUGACACUUUCACGGUCGCAUGCGAAACAUUCUGCUUAGAUGAUGACGAUACAUUGGCAGAGGUGGCCCAGUCCCUAGGUUCCGAGGCACUGUCCGCGACCACAGUCCGUUUUGUGGAGGCUGAUCCGCAACCCAUCAAUAAAGCAUUGAGCAAAUGUCACAACAGAAAUGUGACGAUGUGCAAUAUGUUGCGAAGGAUCAACUUGAGCGGCGACGAGUCCAGCGGAACGACAUUGCUUCUGGAAUUGGAUGAUAUAAUGGGCAUGGAUAUUUCUUACAAGCCUGGAGAUCAUUUAGGCGUAUUUGCGUGCAAUCGAGCAGAACUUGUGGAGAGAAUUUUGCAACGUAUACAGUCUACCUUUGAUGUUGAUACACCGAUCGAGCUCCAAAUGCAGAAGCAAGCGCAUACUCCUAACGGCAUUGUAAAAACAUGGACACCUCAUGACAGAUAUUUACCGAAUUCCUUAAAGAUGCUAUUAACUCGAUUUUUGGAUAUCACGACGCCGCCUACGCCGAAUCUAUUAAGAUAUUUCGCUUCGAUAGCUACAAACCCAAAAGAACAGGCGCAACUGAAUCUUUUAACUUCUGAUUCGGCGGCUUAUGAAGAUUGGAGACAUUGGAAGUAUCCUAACUUGGCCGAAGUUUUAGAUGAAUUCCCAUCCGUGACUCCAUACGCUCCGUUGCUCUUGUUUCAUUUAACACCUUUGCAGCCGAGAUUCUACAGUAUUUCGUCAUCUCCUUCUGUGCACCAAGGGCAAAUACAUCUAACAGUCGCAGUGGUGCAAUACCGAACGCAAAAUGGUUCUGGACCAUUACAUUUUGGCGUUUGCUCCAAUUAUCUGCGAGAGAUACCCGAAGGGGAACAGCUAUAUGUGUUUGUGCGGAGCGCGCCGAACUUUUAUAUGCCAACGGAAACUAAAGCACCAAUAAUAUUGGUAGGCCCAGGUACAGGAAUCGCUCCUUUCCGAGGAUUCUGGCAUCACCGGUUUGCUCAGAUGAAACUUCAGCCGAAUCAAACGUUUGGAAAGAUUUGGCUGUUCUUUGGUUGUCGUCAAAGAAAUUUGGAUUUGUACAGAGAAGAAAAGAAAGAAAUGUUGAACGCUGGUGUCUUGGAUAAAGUGUUUUUAGCAUUAUCCCGAGAGCCUGGUGUCAAGAAGACUUAUGUGCAAGAUUUGAUCCAAGCGGAAGCAUCGCAAAUUUACACAAUGGUGGUACAUGAGCGCGGACAUUUCUAUGUUUGUGGAGAUUGCACAAUGGCAGAAGACGUCUAUCAAACAUUGAAACAAAUUAUACAAACGCAUGGCCAAAUGACGGACAAAGAAGUCGAAGCGUAUAUGUUAUCAGUCAGGGAUGAAAAUCGCUAUCACGAAGACAUAUUCGGCAUAACAUUGCGCACGGCUGAGGUACAUAACCGAUCACGUGAGACUGCUAGGAUUCGAAUGGCUGCUGAACCAUGAAAAAAUCAGGCUAACAAAGCAUAGUUCAAGU